UUUUACCCAGCUCUAGUUCUAAUAGCAACAAUUUGCCAGCGAAGAUAUAAAUUAAUUCGGCGCAUUUAAAAACCCGGGAGGAAACUAAGGAAUAUAAAGAGAUUCCAAUCCAUUAUUCAGACGGAAAAAACAGGAAUAAGCGCGAUAUAGAUAGACGUUUAAAUAAUAAUAUAGUUUGUCACCUGCAUCCGUGCGUGUGUGUGUGCGAGUGUGCGUGUAGAGUGUGCGCGUGUGUUUGUGCUUUGUUCUGCGAGCGUUUCGUUUCGUUUUUAAAAUGGCAAAGAAAACCUACGAUUUGCUGUUCAAACUGUUGCUGAUCGGCGACUCUGGUGUGGGAAAGACAUGUAUAUUGUUCCGAUUUUCGGAUGAUGCUUUUACGUCGACGUUUAUAUCGACCAUAGGCAUCGAUUUUAAAAUCAAAACAGUUGAACUGCGAGGCAAGAAGAUCAAGCUGCAAAUAUGGGACACCGCUGGUCAGGAGCGUUUCCACACGAUAACCACUUCGUAUUAUCGAGGGGCCAUGGGCAUAAUGCUUGUCUAUGACAUAACGAACGAAAAAAGUUUUGAAAAUAUAGUCAAAUGGUUACGGAAUAUAGACGAGCACGCCAACGAGGACGUAGAGAAGAUGAUCCUGGGCAACAAGUGCGACAUGACGGACAAGCGAUUGGUAAACAAGGACCGCGGCGAAGCGAUUGCCCGUGAGCAUGGCAUUCGGUUUAUGGAAACAUCCGCCAAAUCGAACAUAAACAUUGAACCGGCUUUCUGCGAGCUGGCCGAGGCCAUAUUAGACAAGACAUCGGGACGUGAAUCGGCGGAGAAUCAGGAGCGCGUGAUCAUUGAUCGCCGGAAUAAUGAGAAGGCGCCGGGCUACAGCAAGUGCUGCGCGUAAAAAGCGGCGUAAUAGACGAACGGGGCGUGGUUUGGCCCGGUUUGUGCUUAGAGCUGUGCGUGGAAGGAAGGCGAAGGCUGGAUGGAUGGAAUCGGAUUUGGAUUGAAUUGAAAUUGGAAUUGGCGAUGGUGAUGGGGAUCGGUUUCUGAAACUGCUCCACACGAAACGAAAGGGAAACAAAGCAAUAAACCCGGGGUCAAUCGCACGCAUGGGGGUACUCUUACUUAUAACGAGGCAGAUACGCAGAUGGAUGGAACAAGCAACAGAAACAACCUACCUAAAGUUUAACAACACAGAUAUUGUAAUACGAACAUUUGGAAGCAACUUUACAAAAUACCCCGGAUAAUGGUGGUCAGUAAACAUCUGGAAUAGGUCCACGUUAGUUACCCCGCACACACAAACACAGCACAGCAUGGCUCCCGUCCAAUUGGUUUGGCAUAAAGACACAAGGAAGGAGCAAAUGUAUUUGCAUUUUUUUGGAGCCGCAACUUUUUUUGUUGGUUAGCUAACGUUGGAUCAUGAAGAUCAAUUCCAAGGAAACUGUCCAGCCACACACGAAACGAUUAUGAUAACAAAGACGCAGACAUAAGCAACUUUUGUAACGUAACUUUUGAUAUAUAUAUAGUCUUACGAUUCCUGUAAUCUUCAACUCAGUCGUUCGUACGUACGUUGUUCGUUCGUUCGUUCGCCCAUCACUCGCACUCCCCAUGCCGGACCAUUUAGUGUUUUUUGUUUUGUUUUGCGUUUCAGCCUAGAUAUAAAUAACACCUAUACAUAUUAUAAAAAUCGGAUAGUAUAUAGCAUAUACCUAGCUUGCUUUCGCUUUGUUUUUCGAUACUAAGCCAGCGAAUAGUUCGAUGGGGGAGGUAGGGGGUCAGACGCUCUGCAGCCACUCAUCAAGCCAGAGUCAGAGUUCGUGCUGUUCCCAAAAUUGUUUUCUAAUUAUUGCCUAUAUAUAUAUAUAUAUAUAUAUAUAUAUACUUUAUAUAUAUAUAUAUACAUAUUACAUACCAUAUAUCGCAUCGUUUUUAUGUGCAUUCGCGCCCGCACACCCAAUAUAUAUAUGUAUGUGUAUACUUAAGGGGGCGUGGGUGUGCGCGCGUGUAUAUCUCCCCAUAUAUGUAUGUAAAGACGGUGCACGCCAUGAAUGUAGCAACCGCAAGAGGAGGAGCGCCCAAAGACCUAACGCCUCCCGUCUCCUUGUAAUUUUAUUCUACAGUCUUUUUUUUUUUUUGUUCGUCGUGUAAACCUAUUAUUUGUAACUGUAUAUGGAUUUAGUUUAGUUGUCCACACCAAAUGAUUUACCGAUUAAAAAUAUAAAGAACAACCUAAACCAUGUCAUAUAAA